CUUAUCAAAGCUUCUCCUUUUUUUCAAAGCCUGCACUGCAAUCGUAUCUCCACAAUCUGAAGAAGAAGAAGAAGAAGAAGAAGAUGGGUAAGGAAGACGACCGAGGGGAAGAGUACUUGUUCAAGAUUGUCUUAAUCGGCGAUUCAGCUGUCGGAAAAUCGAACCUGCUGUCUCGAUUCUCGCGGGAUGAGUUCGACACGAACUCGAAGGCGACAAUCGGAGUGGAGUUUCAGACGCAGCUGGUCGAAAUCGAAGGGAAAGAAGUGAAGGCUCAGAUCUGGGACACUGCUGGUCAAGAGAGGUUUAGGGCAGUCACUUCUGCUUACUACAGAGGUGCUUUUGGUGCUCUCAUCGUUUAUGACAUCACCCGAAGCGACACUUUCGAAAGCGUCAAACGUUGGCUUCAGGAACUCCACACUCAUUGUGACACGGCGGUGGCACAAAUGCUAGUUGGGAACAAAUGUGAUUUAGAGGAUAUCAGAGCGGUUAGUGUGGAAGAAGGGAAAGCUCUCGCCGAGGAAGAAGGAUUGUUCUUCAUGGAGACAUCUGCUCUAGACGCCACGAACGUAGACAAAGCCUUUGAGAUUGUCAUCAGAGAGAUCUUUAACAAUGUCAGCCGUAAACUUCUCAACUCCGAUGCUUACAAGGCCGAACUUUCCGUUAACAGGGUCAGCCUUGUCAACAACCAAGAUGGCUCCGAGAGCUCCUGGCGCAAUCCGUCUUGUUGCUCCCGAUGAUUUAAAAACGAUCUUGUUUUUACCAGAAUAAAUCUUCAAAGGUUAUAAUGAUCAUUUAUCAUUUUGGAGUUAUAAGAUACUCGCAAUCUGUUUUGUGUUGUUGGAUUAGAGCAAAUGACCUGGUACGAGAUCAUGGCAAAAAACAUGAA